GCCUGUUGCCUUGCGUGGCUGACAGUUUUGCUCUCUCCAUUAACACGAUAUAUUGGUCUCUUACCUUAUAAUAUUCCACCACGGGCUAACCACGGGCUAACCACGGGCUAACUACAUUACAUUAACGGAUACUGAUCUACUUUGUAUAAUAAUAUACUCUUUCAAUUUGGAGCUUGUGAGGAAUCAGUUUAACAAAAAUUUCUAGAAAUGCAGUCCUCACCGUACAGAGAUCCACCGCCAUACCCAGGACAUUCUAAACAACUAUUACAGCCUGGUUUACGCCAAAGUUUUUCUGGUAGUGAAACAAGUACAGAUGUGUCACUUUCGUCGACAGAAAACCUAAGUACCUCUCAGAGACAAGAACCACAAGGAGAGGAAACACAUACACAAGAAAUGUAUUAUGAUCUUAAAACAGCUCCAAGAUAUUCUAUGUUAGCUCAGCUUGGAAUGCAAAUACCAGUGGACAUAAAAGAUCUGAAUAACCAACCCAUUUUCGCCCCAACGACCCAGCAAAAUAUACCCAGUGUUUAUACGACACCCACAGCUCAAUAUUAUUCCGCAUCACUAACACCAACCGUUUCUUCUGGUGAAUGGCAAAACAGUCAAAUGGUAACGUGUACAGUGGCCGAUUCUCAGGUGAUUCCGAUGAACGCCACAGUAACGGUGCCAACCACUGUUGCAUACACAACACAAUGUUGGUCUCAACACCAAAUGGAUCCACAAGUAUUACAAUAUCUUAGCAAUUUACCGCCACCGCCAGAGUAUCCCAGAGCAAAAUCUGAGAGUGAUACUGUAAAGAAUGAUUUACGCCGUUCCUAUGAAAUGCUGGAGAAGGUUGAGCGCACAAGAUCUCAGCCAGAUCUUACAAGGUUUGAAUCUCAAUUUCGUCAAGCCAAUUCGAAUGUUUCGCACUUCUAUGUUGGAGAGAAAAGUCCUUUAACCAAAGAAAACACAAACUCCGUUUUAGAAAGCCACAAAGAGGAGAUAACUCUGCAGUCAGACCAGCACCCAGCGUUGCUAUUGGCUCGUACCAAACAUAUUGUUGAAAUCCUUAACAAUGAGAACCGAUUCCUUAAAGAGAAACUGAAGACUAUGAGUGAGGAUCUCAAUCGAAGUAAAAAACGAGUUGUGACAUUACAAAAGUGUGAAGAUGAGAUCUCUAAAGUCACAGAAGAAUACCAAACUCUGGAACAGAAAUCCCGCAAAAUUCAACAAUGGGAAGCAGCUUACAGACGGAAAUUGGAAGAAGAAAACAAAAAAAUAGGGUCAGAGAACAAAUAUUACAAAGAACAAUUACAAGGUAUUGGAAAUGCUGCCAACCAAGAGAUGAGCGAGACAGAUAUAAGAACAGAGCUUCGGAAGAAGGAAGCCAUUAUAGCAAACCUGAUGUCAGUCAACAAAGAGCUGCAAAGUUCCAAAGAGUUGCUACAAGAAGAUGUCGUAAAAUCUCAUCAGAUGAUUGAACAACAACGAUCAGAGAUUGAAAUUUUGGACAAUGCUUUGACAAAUGCACAGAGUAAUGUGGUCCGUUUAGAGGAAGAGUGUAAAAAGAAGCAGCUUUAUAUGGAUCGCCUGGACCAGUUACAGAAGGCAUUUGUUUCACUACAAAUGGCCACAGAAAAACGAGAACAGAUGGAACAACAGUUGAGGAACAAACUCGAAAAAGAAUUAGGGCAGCUUCGAAUUUUUGAAAAGGUCAGUAACGAACCUGGUUCUCCCAAAACUAAUAAUGAGCAAGAUACCCAUUUGAGUGGGAAUAUUGAAGACCUGAAAAAGUUACUCCAAGAAAAAGAUACUCGGAUGUUACAACUGGAGGCAGAAGUAGCUAAAUGGGAACAGAGAUGUUUAACAGAAUCAACAAAGAACCAGCUGGCUUCCAAAUCCAGCGAUGGACGCCAACAGUUAGACAAAUAUCCUAAAGGUGUUUCACUUGAAACUGAGAAAUUACUUGCAGAGUCCAAAUCUGAGAAGCUGCGACACAUGGAAGAGGCUUAUCAAGCAAAGAAGAAAAGCACAGAAUUGGAAGCAAAAGUGAAAGAACUACAAACGAGUUUGGUUGAGAAAGAAGCUAUGGUGAAAGCGUUGCAACGAUCAUCCCUCGGUCGUAGCAGUGGGGUACGCACCUUGCACUGUACACCUCUCUGCUCCAAUCUCAUCACAGCCACAAGUUCCUUGACCAGGCAGUCUCGGGCCAGUCAUGUUGAAGAUUCAACUUUCAGAGAUUAUGGUCUGGCAAAACACGCCAAAUCAGGCAGUGCUAAUGAUGUUGAUCUAAGUAAUUCCUAUGAACUGGACACAUCUUGUACAGACAAGCACAAUUCCUCAUCAGAGAGUGAUGGAAAGGAAGACACCGAACGCAAACUGUGGCAAGUGUGAACUUCGAUGAGAACAUCAACAACAU